CCUCUCUUCAUAUACGACGGACGGUCGUAUGCUCUUCGCUUCGUCUUAUACUCGUUCCCCACCGUCGUUGCCAUGCCUGCAGACCGCGAGAAAGACGUACUCCAUCUCUCGAGCGCCAGCCCCGAUCCGGAGAGGCCGCCGUCCUCCCUAUCCGCCGACAAUGCCUCCACUUCGCGCGCCACUCAACAUCUCGCCCUCGACGAGGACCAGCCCCUCGAAUUCCGCCGCAAGGAUGGCUCGAUCUCGCGUAUGCGCUCGCAUAAGGGGAACAUACCCGUCCUCCCCCAGACGAAGCUCUGCCCCCAUUGUCCCGCCAAGUUCACUCGCACCACCCAUCUGAAUCGGCAUAUGCGGAAUCACACGAACGAUCGUAGCCAUCAAUGCGAGACCUGCGGAUCCCAAUUCACACGUAGCGAUCUGCUUACACGGCACAAGAAGAGCUGCAAUGACCCGCUGAGCCACCUGCGGCGCAAAGCUUGCAUCUCCUGCACGGAAUCCAAGAUCAAGUGCGACCGUCAGUACCCCUGCUCGAAGUGCAUCUCGCGGGGCAAGACAUGCGAGUACAAGGCUCCCGUCAAGCGCGCUAGCGCACGGAAACCCAUGGACCCGCCAGCGUCCGCCAAGGCGUCGUCUGUCUCCUCGCGCCACGACAAUCCCACCACCUCCGCGUCAUCUGCCACCGGGCCCUCCCUCCCCAACUCCCACUCGCCUCUCGACUCAUCAACUGAUCGACUGGCCAUCGACUUCCUCACUGCGUAUCGGGACCCGUUGCCGCACUCUGGCUUUUCUGAUACCAGUUCAAAUUUCUACAACUCCGUCGCGUCCGAUACCACUACCACGCACACGGGGACCGACGCUGUCGGCACAACCCGCAGCCAUUUAGCCUCGAUGUACAGCGGGGACAUGUUCCAGCCGUUCUUCAGUAACGUCUUCUCGGACUCGCCCCCCUCGGCCACCCACAUCUCGUCGUCGGACACCGACGCCUCGGCGGGGAUGGAUCCUAGCCUGCAUCUUAUACCGUCGAUGAGUGGAGGAGGAUUGGGCAUGGCGGAUAAUAGUAAUAUGUUUGCGCUCAGCUUCGGGCCCAGCCUUGGCCCCGAAGUAUCCGACAUGCGUAGCGCUCCCCACUACGAACUCAGCCUGGGUCGGUCAAAGGAGGGACUGUCGGCGGCGUGCCAACACUACUAUGCGCUCUUCUACUCCGCCUUCCUGGUGCAAAUACCAAUCGUCCACAUCCCGACGUUCAAGUUGGAUGAGUGCCCCGAAAUCCUGCGAAACGCCGUCUUCGCGUGCGGCGCGCUCUUCGUGAAGACACGCAAGGCCGCGAGUUACAUCACGCAGGCCCUGGGGACGACGCGGGAAUUGUUGUUGCACGAGUUCGCCAAGGACCCACACAACAUCCACGAGCAAUCGACUUUGAUCACCGCUGUCGCCCUCUUGCAGACUAUCGGUCUCUUCCACCAAAGGCCAAGUGAGCGUGCCUCCGCCACAAUUUACCACGGCAUGCAGAUCAUGAUGAUCCGGCGCCACAACCUCAUCGGGCUCAAUGCACUCUGGAGGCCACCAAACAUCACGGAAGCCAACCGCGAGGCGGCGUGGCGCGAGUGGGUACGACACGAGACGCUAAAAAGGGGCCUAUUGUGGGCGUACAUGCACGACUGCUGCCAUAGCAUUUACUUCGCCUUGUCGCCGUCGUUCCAACCGAAUGAAGUCAUGCUGCACCUACCGUGCGAGGACCGUCUCUGGAACGCAGCGUCCGCCGACGAAUGGUACAUGGCGCUGCAGGAUAGGAGCUCGCCGUACGGUGAUAUGGAGACUCGCCUUACAGGCCUGCCACUGCAGGCUGCCAUCACGUCACUCACCGCCGCGCGACUGCUGACGACGCCCAUACCCUUAUCGCCUUUCGGUCACUUCGUACUCAUACACGUCAUUCUUCGCGCGCUGUUCCAGACCUGCUUCGAGAGUCGCUUGCCACGCUCAGACGGCUCGCAGCGAAGCAUGCGCGAGGAGGAACUGACGACGCAAGAAGUCUUCGGCCAUCAGUACGCGCUGCACAACUGGCUGCAAAACUGGCUGAAGUCACCGGACAUGCCGAAACUCGAACAAGGGGCGGAGGAGCCACCAUUCAUACAGCAUUCGCUCCCUUUUUACUGGCUGGGUCAGGUCGCCAUUCUCGCUCAUCAAGAAGGUUUGCCGCCGUUCGAGCCCAACUCGCAGCAGAACUUGAACGGCGACGUGCGGUUCAAGAUGGUCAAGAAGUGGCUGAAGCACAGCCGUGGGUUCGUGCGAAUGAGCGACAAGGGGCCGACGGUCUUCUGGGACGAGCUCAUGAAGAUCAGGUUGCAAACGUGGCAGCUGGAGAUGGAGGACGAGGUGGCGGUGGUGAAUGAGGACGACCCCGGGCUGCUUGGGUUCUUCCCGGAGAGCUGAAGGAAGUGUCUGUUAGACGGUCUUUAUGAUGUAGACGACCCACGUACGAAGGAUGUGCAGAUACACGUGCAUAAAAAGGAAUAGAAGCAGUUAUCGAUUCA